AUGUCACGGGCUGCCCAGGAGUUCGAAGCCAAGGGCCAGCUUUGCGUUAGAGGGGUGGCACAGAGACUGUCCCUGCACGCCCCCUUGUGCCUGGAUGUGACAAUGCGGCCGCUCGGCCUCAGUUUCCCCACCACCAUCUUUGGCCUGCUCCAGCAUAGAGGAGAUCGCGGCCUUCUGGUCGAGCCUUCUGGGCUUUCACACGCCGGCAGCAUCCCCGCCCGGCUGCCCCCCACCUCUGACAGCUGCCCCCCAGCUCCCAAUGGUGUCCGGACGAAGCAACCACGUGGCAGCUGCAAGGGGCCUCGGCUGCUGAGCACAGCUCCUGGUGCCAGCCCAGUGCCGAUGGCUCCUGGCUCCGGCACACAGCUGGAGAGGAGCGGGCAGCCCCCAGGGGGUUGGCUAGCCCUGGCCGCCCUGGCCCUGCUGUGGGGAUCCUCGGUCCAGGGAGGAGGGAAGCCAGGGUGCCCAUCGUGCAGGAUGCCCACCCUGGAGCCGGGCACGGAGAGGCACUUCCUGCUAGAGCUGGCCAAGCGGCAGAUCCUGGAGAAGCUGCACCUGAGUGAGAGGCCCAACGUCACCCAGCCGGUGCCCCGUGUGACCAUCGCCAACGCCCUGCACCGCCUGCAUGUGGGCAAAGGCCAGUGGGACGGGCAGCUGGGGUCCUUCGCCCACUGGGACGGCCCCAACGCCGAUGAACUGGGCUACGAGAUCAUCAGUUUUGCCAAGACAGAAUUCUCCUCGCCCUCCAACACAAGCCUGCGUUUCCGGUUCAGCCGGGACCCGGGCCGGGAUGUCCACAUCCUGCAGGCCCAGCUGUGGCUCUACGUCCGGGCCCCCUGGAGCGGUAUUUCCCCGGUCACACUGCGGGUCUCCCUGGCGGGGGCGCUGCUGAGCGAGAGGCAGCUGGAGGCCCGGGCCAGCGGCUGGCACACCUUCGCCCUCCUGCCUGCGCUCCAGGCCUUCUUCCGCGGGCAGGAGAAGACACUGAGGCUGGAGCUGGAGUGCCAUGGGUGCCAGGCGAAUGCCACAGCCAGGAGUGACGCCGGCAGCUCCCACCAGCCCUUCCUGGUAGCCAAGGCCAUGAUGCGGGAGCCAGGGCAGAGGGUGGCCAAACGCAGCCUGCGCUGCGACCAGACCUCCAACCUGUGCUGCCGCAAGGACUAUUACGUGGACUUCCGGGACAUCGGGUGGAACGACUGGAUCAUCAAGCCAGAGGGCUACCAGAUCAACUACUGCAUGGGACAGUGCCCGCCCCACGUGGCCAGCAGCCCGGGCAUGGCCUCCUCCUCCCACACGGCCGUGCUCAACCUGCUCCGGGCCCACAACGUCCAGCCAGGCGGGCAGUCCUGCUGUGUGCCCACACAUCGCCGGCCCCUCUCCAUCCUCUACUUCGACCGCAACAGCAACAUCGUCAAGACCGACAUCCCGGACAUGAUUGUGGAUGCCUGCGGCUGCAGCUAG